AACCCGGAAGUAAUUCCCUCGUUGGUCCGUGUGUAGUGGUGUAACGGAGAAACGUGAAUUUGGAGGGGUGGAGGGAUGGUUCAAGGGCUGCGCACUGAUUUCCCAGCCCCACCGUCCCCACCAAGUGACUCUGACUCUUUGGGGGUUGCUUUUGAGGACGCGGUGCCUGAGGCUGACCGAGGGAGGUCCCUGCUGCUUUCUGCCACCCAAGCUGUACCUCAUGGAGUCUACGUUCAGCAGCCCCGCGGAGGCAGCGCUGCAGCGAGAGGCGGGCGCUGCCGGAGUGCUCACUCCUCUCGCGGACCUGGACCGCGUGUACGAGCUGGAGCGAGUCGCUGGAUUUGUCCGCGACCUAGAGUGUCAGCGGGUGGCCUUGCAGUUCCCUGACCAGCUAUUGGGAGAUGCUGGGGCCGUGGCUGCACGACUGGAGGAGACCACAGGGUCGAAGAUGUUCAUUCUGGGCGACACAGCUUAUGGCAGCUGCUGUGUGGAUGUACUGGGUGCUGAGCAAGCUGGAGCUCAGGCCCUUGUACAUUUUGGCCCUGCCUGCUUAAGCCCUCCAGCUCGCCCACUGCCUGUGGCCUUCGUCCUUGGUCAACGUUCUGUGCACUUGGAGCUCUGCGCCAAGGCCUUUGAGGCCCAGAACCCAGACCCCAAAGCGCCUGUGGUGCUGCUAAGUGAGCCAGCCUGUGCCCAUGCCCUGGAGGCCUUGGCCACUCUCCUGCGCCCACGGUACCUGGACCUGCUUGUCUCCAGCCCAGCUCUUCCCUUGCCAGUGGGUUCCUGCAGUCCAGAACCUGAGCCCCUGGAGCGUUUUGGGCGCCGCUUUCCCCUGGCUCCAGGGAGGUGUCUGGAAGAAUAUGGUGCCUUUUAUGUGGGGGGCUCUGAAGCCAGCACUGACCUUGACCUUGACCCAGACCUGAGCCGGUUGCUCUUGGGCUGGGCACCAGGGCAGCCGUUCUUCACCUGCUGCCCGGACACAGGGCAGACUCAGGAUGAAGGUGUCCGGGCUGGACGGCUAAGGGCACGUAGACACUACCUGGUAGAGAGGGCCAGAGAUGCCCGAGUGGUGGGGCUGUUGGCAGGUACUUUGGGUGUGGCCCGACACCGUGAAGCAUUGUCACACUUGCGGAACCUGGCUCAGGCUGCAGGCAAGCGUAGCUAUGUGUUGGCCCUGGGGCGGCCCACACCUCCUAAGCUUGCCAACUUUCCUGAAAUGGAUGUCUUUGUGCUAUUGGCCUGCCCUCUUGGUGCUCUAGCUCCACAACCUUCUGGUGGCUUCUUCCGGCCUGUAUUGGCACCAUGUGAGCUGGAGGCUGCCUGCAACCCUGCCUGGCCACCUUCAGGCCUGGCUCCCUACCUCACACAUUACGCGGAUUUAUUGCCUGGCUCUCCCUUCCACGUGCCCCUCCCACCACCUGACUCAGAACUGUGGGACACCCCAGAUGUGUCACUCAUUACUGGGGAACUCCGACCCCCACCUGUCUGGAAGCCAUCAAAUGAUCCUGGAUGCUUGGCCCUGACCUUGCGGCCCCAGCUGGAGCUGGCUGAGAGCAGCCCUGCAGCUUCAUUCCUUAGUUCCCGGAGCUGGCAGGGGCUGCAACCCCGUCUGGGUCAGACACCGGCGACAGGAGCUGUGAGUGGAAGACGAGGGAUUGCCAUCGCCUAUGAGGAUGAGGGAGGCAGCUGAUACCAUGUGGGGCCAGAGACACAGAUGGGCUGAAGAAUUGCUGCAAAGACCUUUAAUACUCCCUGGAUCAACCCCACUCCUCUGCCUGGAUCCUUGAUGCAGGGAAGGACAGACAGCCCCUCACUGAAGAAGGGGACCCAGCUCUGUCCUGUUGUGGCACUGGCAUGAGGCUUAGCAUAUAGCGGUUUAAUAAAUGUCUGUUGAACUGA